AUGCUUGACAGAGCCUUACAAAUCUUUGCUAUCGGACAAACGAUCGUUGCUUCCAUCCGUGCCGGAUCGCGAGCAUGGCAUGUUCUAAGAAAAGGUCCCAUUGGAGUCAUGAACGGACCUCUGAUUCUGCCUCCUCCAGUCAAUGAGACAUCAAAUUUAUUCGAUUUGACUCUGGCUUUUCGUCAUGCAGUUCAGGUGUGUGAUGCGCCGCAAACCGACCGCGAGGCAAGUGCUAUGCUCGGAAGAGAAAAAAAGUGCGCACGCAUCGACAGAGAAAACCAGUCUGGUUUUUCGCAACCAAGCGAUCCUUUGGCCCAAAAUAUAAAUAGAGACCAUCGAACGGAAAACGAGGAAAUUGAUCGACUUCUGGACGAAUUGGAGAGUAGUGAGAAAGAGCCAAAAGUCUCGUGGAAAAGCUUUUUCGAAGCAUGUAGACAAACUGCUGUUGUCCCAGUUCAACGGGCAUCCUUGUUCGGUGCUUCGCUACCAGUCUCUGCGUGGUUCGCUACCAAACGCUUUUGGAACCUUGAUGCGGCAUCGGCAUGGAGCACAAUUGAGAUCCUGGAUGGGCCCUCAGGUUUCACUGACUAUGUUUCUGCAGAGCUAGUCUUUGAGAAAGGUGAUAAAAGCGCAUACCCUCGAGUAGCUCUGAUAAAGGCGUAUGCACCGGAGGAGUUCACCAACUUGCGCUCGAACUUUGGAAUUUCCGAAUCAGACUAUGCAAGGUCGAUUCUGCAUUCUGGUCCGUUUGUAUCUUUCCAAAGCAAUUCCAAAGGAGCAGCGCGGGUUGGUGGGGUUUUCUUCUUCACCCGUGAUGGCAACUACAUGAUCAAAACAAUAAAGGCAGCGGAAGUACAUGCUUUGCUACAAAUGAUGCCAAAGUACGACAACUUCAUGAAGCGAAAUGGGCGUAGAUCAUUGCUGACCAGAAUUUGUGGUCUUUACGAUAUUGAUAUUCAGGACGCCUCAAGCGGUGUCAAUGAGAAAUACACUAUAGUUGUUACCAACUCGGUCUUUCCAGCGGAAAGUUCUAGUAUAAUUUCCGAACGAUUUGAUCUGAAGGGAUCGACCCUAGGCCGAGAGUGCUCGCCAGAAGAACGGCGUACCAAAGGGUCAAAUGCUAUCCUUAAAGAUCUUGACCUUUCGCGAGAGGUACAGCUAGUCAAGUCUUUUCAAGACGAAGGAACACCGCACUUUGAGGGCUACGGCCUGCAUAUUGGACCUGCUGCCAAGGCAGCUGUCCUCACGCAACUCCGAAAAGAUGUGCACCUGUUGGUGCUGUGCAACGUAAUCGACUACAGUCUGCUGGUUGGUGUCUCUCGCUUGGAUUCUCGUCACUUUACAGUCGACGAAUUGCACCUUAUAGAUUCGAGCACAGAAGCUGAGCUUCGUCUAAGUUUAGCUCGUCGAGGACAAGCAGCGGAUGCCAUCUUGUCCGCACUAAUAAUGCCUGUUCGAUUGCUUACUGCUCCGCCAAUCUACCUGUAUCGGAGAGCGUGGUCCCUUUUUCGAAGGACAGUAUCCUGGCCUCUUCCAUAUUACGGUUCCGGAGAAUGUGGAAUAGAUGCGGGUGGGCUAGCCAGGGUACAGGGAGAUCGGCUUGGCCACCCUUCCGUCUUUUAUUUAGGGGUAAUUGACUUUCUCCAGCCUUUUAAUAUCCCAAAGAGAGCUGAAUGGAAGUACAAGAGCUGGAAGUACGGGGAAGGAUUUAGUUGCGUCCCUCCUGAGCAGUACGCAGAAAGAUUUUUGGCGUUUCUCGAAAGCCAUAUCAGUUAA